CUGUGUCAGUCACCAUGGUGGCAUACAACAGAGCACAGCGGCGGCGGACCUAUCUUCACUUUCAGACCCAGUAAAAAUGUUAAUAUAAUGAAUAUUCUCAGUGAGUGUCCUCGGGUCUACCUCUCACAAUGGACGCCGGGUUGUUGUUGACGGGGUAACCGUUAGCCGUUAGCCGUUAGCUUACUUUUUUUGUUUGGUGGCUCCUAACGUUACAUGGGUUUUCUUUCCGUCGCUAGCAGAAUGCUGAAGAGACAAGGAAUGGCUUUGAUGAACGCUGGCUUCAAUAAAGGGACAUUUUUCACAUUAAGAAAAUAACUCCCAAGAGACAGUUUGAGCCGCGCUUUUAAAGGAAGUUUCCUCUCGGUGGGACUGCUGUUGGCAGCCGGUUUCGGCUCGGACAACAGAGAGACAGACACCCCGAGGAGACUGCUCGGCUGUCGGGCUCCAGUUGUGGCCUGGCUCCGGGGCACUCCCAGCUUAUCCGCUAGCAUCGGAGCACAGGCGACAAGAAUAAAGCAAGACAGCAAGGGGACUUCUUGUGUUUAUAUCCGUGGCGCUGGAUAUCUGUAAACAUUGUAUCAGGAUAAGAAAUUCAAUAUCCUCCAGACGGCGUCUUCCAAAACAAUGGCGUCUUAUGUGGAUAACAGCUUUCGGCAGGCUGUGAUGAUGAAUCCGGCUGAAAGGACGCAACAGGACCUGGAGAUCGUCUACUCUUAUCUCCACGGGAUGGAGGCCUUGUCCAACCUGCGAGAGCACCAGCUAAGGAUAAUGUGUGAGACGGUGCGUUAUGAGAGACAUGAGGCCAAUGAAGUGCUAUACUAUCCUGAUGACAUUGGAAGCUGCUGGUACAUCCUGUUGUCUGGCUCUGUCUUCAUCAAGGAGUCCAUGUUUCUGCCCAGAAGCAGCUUUGGGAAGCGAUCAGCAGGCAGCCUGCGACGCGGAUGUGAGUGCAUCGUCCUGGAACCCUCAGAGAUGAUUGUGGUGGACUAUAUGGAUGAAAAUGAGGAGUACUUUCAGCGGCAAGCCUCGCACAGACAGUCCCGUCGGCGCUUUCGGAAGAUCAACCAGAAAGGGGAGAGGCAGACAAUCAUCGACACAGUGGAUCCGUACCCCACCGGAAAGCCGCCCAUAGCCCGGGGAUACCACACGGAAUGCAAUAAACCUCAGCUCCCCGCAGACUUCAGCAGACUUCACCUGGCCGACGGCUUGCACCCACAGGUGACCCACGUCUCCUCCAGCCACUCAGGAUGUAGUAUCACCAGCGACUCUGGAAGCAGCAGCCUGUCAGACAUUUACCAGGCCACAGAAAACGAACCCGGUGACAUGGACCUGAGUGGCUUGCCUGAGACCGCCGUCGACUCGGAGGAGGACGACGAUGAGGAGGACAUCGAGCGAGCGUCGGACCCCCUCAUGAGCCGGGACAUUGUGCGGGACUGCUUGGAGAAGGACCCCAUGGACAGAACCGACGACGACAUAGAGCAAUUACUGGAGUUCAUGCAUCAGCUGCCAGCAUUUGCCAACAUGACCAUGUCAGUGAGGAGGGAACUCUGCGCCGUCAUGGUUUUCGCUGUGGUCGAACGUGCCGGCACCAUCGUUCUCAAUGAUGGAGAGGAGCUGGACUCGUGGUCGGUGAUCCUGAACGGUUCAGUGGAGGUGACGUACCCCGAAAGCCGGACAGAGAUCCUGUGCAUGGGGAACAGUUUUGGGGUGUCACCAACCAUGGAGAAGGAAUACAUGAAGGGCGUCAUGAAGACCAAGGUGGACGACUGCCAGUUUGUGUGUAUAGCUCAGCAGGACUACUGCUGCAUCCUCAACCAAGUAGAAAAGAACAUGCAGAAGGUGGAGGAGGAAGGGGAGAUUGUUAUGGUGAAGGAACACCGCGAACUGGACCGCACUGGCACCAGGAAAGGACACAUCGUCAUCAAGGGCACACCGGAGCGUCUCACCAUGCACCUGGUGGAGGAACACUCAGUGGUGGACCCCACCUACAUCGAGGACUUCCUGUUGACCUACAGGACCUUCCUCUCCAGCCCCAUGGUCGUGGGCAAGAAGCUCCUGGAGUGGUUCCACGACCCCAGUCUCAGGGACAAGGUUACACGGGUAGUCUUGCUGUGGGUAAACAAUCACUUCAAUGACUUUGAGGGUGACCCUGCCAUGACUCACUUUCUGGAAGAGUUUGAAAACAAUCUGGAGAAAGAAAAAAUGUGUGGGCACCUAAGACUGUUAAAUAUAGCGUGCGCUGCUAAAGCCAAGCCGCGGCUGGUGACACUAACCAAGCCGUCCAGGGACUCUCCUCUGGCCUUCAGCCUACUCGGAGGACAGGAAAAAGGGUUCCGCAUCUUCAUUGAUGCUGUGGAGCCUGGCAGCAAGGCAGCAGAAGUUGGCCUUAAGCGUGGAGAUCAGAUCUUGGAGGUCAAUGGGCAGAACUUUGAGAAUGUCCAGCUCAGCAAAGCCAAUGAGAUUCUGAAGAACAACACCCACUUGUCCAUAACUGUGAAAACAAACCUUUUAGUGUUUAAAGAGUUGCUAACCAGGCCAGAACACGACCACGAUCUGGAUGGUGAGGAGGAACAUGACAGAAAGAACGGUGCACCCCACCUUCCAAAGAUCGGGGACAUCAAGAAGGCCAGCCGCUAUUCCAUUCCUGACCUGGCAGUGGACGUGGAGCAGGUGAUGGGCCUGGAGAAGGUCAGCAAGAAAGCAAAGACCAACACGGUGGGAGGACGCAACAAGCUGAAGAAGAUCUUCGACAAGACACUCACCAGCAUCUUGCCUCCUAAACCAUACAAUGACGUUUGCGUGGGCCAAUCGCAGGACGACAGCAUUGUGGGGAUGAAGCAGUCCAAACAGAUCCCACCACCUCUGCCCGUUAGUGGAAACCUGUCGUCCUCAAACCCAGACCUUCUGCAGUCCCACCAUCGCAUCCUCGACUUCAACAACCAGCCUGCCCCAGUCAUACUGAAUAUGUCGGACCAGGUAUUACGAGUCUUCAAGGCAGACCAGCAGUCUCGAUACAUCAUGAUCGGGAAGGACACAACGGCUAAGGAGGUGGUGGCCCAGGCUAUCAGGGAGUUUGCCCUGACUGCAGCAGCAGACGCUUAUUCACUGUGUGAAGUAUCCGUCACACCAGAGGGCGUCAUUAAACAGAGGCGGCUACCAGACCAGCUGUCUAAACUAGCCGACAGGAUUCAACUGAGUGGCAGAUACUACCUAAAGAGCAACAUGGAGACGGAGACGUUAUGUUCCGACGAGGACGCUCAGGACCUCCUGCGAGAAGGCCAGAUCUCUUUGUUACAGCUCAGCACAGUGGAGGUUGCCACUCAGCUCUCCAUGCGGGCCUUUGAACUGUUCUGUGCCAUCGAGCCCACUGAAUACAUCGAUGACCUGUACAAGCUGCGCUCCAAGACGGGCUCGGCCAGCCUGAAACGCUUUGAGGAGGCCAUCAACCACGAGACCUUCUGGGUGGCCACAGAGGUGACCCGGGAGCCAAACCAGCUGAAGCGCAUGAAGACCAUCAAGCACUUCAUCAAGAUUGCCCUGCACUGCCGCGAGUGCAAGAACUUCAACUCCAUGUUCGCCAUCAUCAGUGGUCUGAACCUGGCUCCAGUCUCCAGGCUGAGGGGAACAUGGGAGAAGCUACCUAGCAAGUACGAGAAGCUGUUCGGGGACCUGCAGGACCUCUUUGACCCAUCAAGAAAUAUGGCCAAGUACAGGAAUGUCCUCAACAAUCAGAACCUCCAGCCACCGAUCAUUCCCCUGUUCCCUGUCAUCAAGAAGGACCUCACCUUCCUACAUGAAGGCAAUGACUCUAAAGUGGAUGGCCUGGUGAACUUUGAGAAACUGAGGAUGAUUGCCAAAGAAAUUCGCCAUGUUGGUCGCAUGGCCUCCGUCAACAUGGACCCAGCUCUCAUGUUCCGGACCAGGAAGAAGAAAUGGAGAAGUUUAGGGUCCUUAAGCCAGGGUAGCGCCAAUGCGGCAGUGCUCGACGUCACCCAGACAGGGGGGCACAAGAAGCGGGUGCGACGCAGCUCCUUCCUGAACGCCAAGAAGCUUUACGAAGAUGCCCAGAUGGCCAGGAAGGUCAAACAGUACCUGUCCAACCUCAGCCUGGAAACCAACGAGGAGAGCCUGCAGACGCUCUCGCUGCAGUGUGAACCCUCCAUCAGUACAUUGCCCAAGAAUGCUAGUGGAAAACGACCAGACACCUCCCCAGUUGUGUCCAGAGCUGCCAGCCAACAGAGGGGCCAGUUGGCCAAAGGAAACCAGGCCCUCCAGGUCCCCGCUGUGGCCCUUUACCCAUCCCGAAAGAAAGUGCCAGUCAAGGAUCUGCCGCCUUUUGGCACCAGUUCCCCUCAGUCUCUGAAGAAGAUCCUGUCUCUGUCAGAGGAGGGGAACGAAAGGCACCGGAGGCAGCCAGAGGACACUGUGUCCAACGCCUCCUCCCAGCUCUCCUCCCCUCCCACCUCCCCCCAGAGCUCACCCAAGAAGGGUUACAACCGGACGGGAGACGCCUACUCAGACUCCGGUCACAGUGAGAUCUCCUCUCGCUCCAGCCUCGUCAGUAACUCCUCUUUCGACAUGGCCCAGGAGGAGAGGAGACUCCGUCACUCUGGAGGAGUUGGGGAAUCGCACAUUGGGGGGCCGCGGCUGGAACGAAGAGCCACCACUGACCCCGACCAGUACAGCCUCGGUUCAUAUUCAUCGAUGCAGGACUGUCGGGGCAUUUACACCGGCUGCCCUACAGUGCUCUCCUCCCCCAGUUCAGAGGAGCUGACUCAGGAUCAGGGCGACCGCGUUUCCCUCGACGCCGCAGACAGCGGCCGCGGCUCCUGGACUUCCUGCUCCUCUGGUUCCCACGACAACAUCCAGACCAUGCAGCAGGGGCGUAGCUGGGAGACUCUGGCCUUUGGUGCAGGUGGACUUGGAGGUGGCAUUGGAGGACUCCCUCCCGGUGGACCCGAGGCCUUAUUAGGGGGGCCUGCCGCACUGUGGGCAGCCCAGGCCAGGGGGAGCUGGGCAUCCGCCAGCUCUUCCUCAUCCUCAGCUGCUUACUGGGGAGAGGACUCUGAGGGAGAUACUGGCACCAUUAAGAGGAGAGGGGGGAAGGACGUCAAUGCCGACCCAGAAACAAGUAGCAUCACAUCCACCGGGUCAGAGGAGGCCAAGCAGCUGAGCCGGCCCUCCCCGUCACCCAUCACCGCUGGGGGUAAAGGCCUCAUUACGCGGAAAGAGAGCCGUUACCGUGAGCCUCCCCCGACUCCCCCCGGCUACACUGCCCUGACCAUCUCCGACCUCGCCGAAGGGCAGCACCCGGCCCCGUCUGUCCCCACGUCCACAGCUACCCACACAGGCCGCCGGCCACCAGACUACACCACGGCCCUGCAGCGCUCACGCAUGGUCACCCAGUCGCCCGACUCCCACCAGGCCCACCAGGGGGCCAAACAGCGGGCGGGCGGCCUCCACCGCACACGCUCACCGGCCGAGGAGCAAGAGGCUGAGGAGGAAGAGGAGGGUGAGUCCUUGUCUUCCAAACUAAUCGCUCUGAGGAAGCCAAAGCCAGUGGCACAGCAUACACCUGAGACUCCCAGACCAUGAGAGUGAGUGUACGGGGGUUAACAGGCAGGGCCCCUCUUCCCAAGGCAGAGGAUGAACAGGUGUCAGCAGUCUGAGGGACAACAGUGGACGUCCUUUUGCAGUAACUUGAAGUCCCCCUGGCUUUGGGGUGGGCAGGAUUAAAGAGACUGACAGAUAGACAGACCAAUGGACUCAUCAUCAGUUACGUACGUGCCUGCCUCCUCCACUCGGCUCUCCCUCCUGAUCAGUGGAUUCCUCUGCUCGUCUCCCUCCCCUGCCUUAAAGCAUCAUAGGGGGUUGAAUGACCCUGCAUGCAAAAAAAUACUGUGAAGAAGAGAUGGAGAGGUCAAAGACGAUGACAAAAUGCCUGGCACUUUUGGAAAAAGACUACAGAAACCUAACCGGUGCCGGGGAGGGGUCGACCUGGCCGCAUAUACACAAAACCACAUAGAUGUUGCUGUUAGAAACGGGAGCGGGUUCCUUAAGACCGGCCCCCACCCAGUGACAACCCCAAACCCACCUGUUAACACAACAGCAUCAUGACGUCUUGAGCUUCAUCUGCACUUUCUCAUUUUCUACUUUCUAAAAAAACCCCAGAACAAAUAAAAACAAGAAAACAGACUAUCGUUUGAAGACGGAGGGAAACAACGGUUGACUUGACUCUCAACUUUUCAACUUCCCACUAGAUUUCUUUUUCUUUUUUGUCUUUGACUGAUUGCACUCUGGGGGCCGUAAAAGAGAAACCAAGUCAGCCCAUUUUUCUGCCUGGACUGAAACAACCCAUCUGUUGUCGAGUGUUUGAACUCUAAAUCCAGUAUUAUCUCAUGUGUCACAUGUGAAAGCUUAUCAAGUGUUGGUUCAAAUCAAAGCUAGGAGGAGAGCCCGGUAGGGAGAACCGACAUGCACAGUGUACUGACAUACACACACACACACACACACACACACACACACACACACACACACACACACACAGAUAAAACAAUGAAUUUCUAUUAUAAAAAAAUAGCACUUUCAGCACAAUCCUAGAUGUUACCAGACAUUUGGCCUGGAUACCAGGGUAUGAGUGAACCAUAUCUUACUGUCAUCCCACCUCGGAGCUCGUCUGGUUAUAUCAAAGUCUUUUCAUCCUCCUGUUGCUUGCUGUUGCAUCAAGAGUCUAAGUGUUUUGUAACCGGCCUGUAGGUGAUAUCAAAAAGCACAGAUCUGACUGACCACCUGCUGAAAACUGAGCGAACAUGUCGGACUCCAUCAUGUUGGUCAUUACAGCGCAUCAGAGGUACACAAGGUAACUAAAUCACAAAGUGCAGCUGCAGUGGAGAAGAUUUAAUCCUGGAGGUUCACCCCUUUUUUUCCCCCCUCUCCCCCCAAAUGAAAAGCUGAUGUCAGGUGUGGACGCUGGCGGGAACUUGUGAAUACAGAAGAAGUAUAGAAGUACAAACUGUGAGCGAGCACUCACCCACCAUCAGCAUAUUUCAGAAGCUGCCAACGUGUAAAUUGUGACUGUAGCCCUAACCUUUACAAACGAUCUUGUACAGAGUCUUAUAAUACCCAUAUCUCCCUUCAAAAUAAAAGCAUCCACCAAUUCAGAUUUGGCUUUUUUCCAACCUGAACAUAUGCCACAUUUUGUGAAUGUCCAAAGCGCCUUACGAUGCCAUGAUUGCAUACAUUUCUUUGCGUGGUUGUUCCCAUCACAAAAUCACCUUGUUUCAAGAGCAGUCUUGAAUCAAGCAAUAGCGGAGUGAAAUGCCUUAUUCAGGAUACUUCCCCAGACCUUUUUUUAAUACAUUAAGACUCAGUACAAGAUGAAGCCGAGCAUUCUCUUCACCGUUUUGUUCUCACGUGGCUUCAGACGGCAUCAUCCGACUCGCUGCGGCCAUCACACGUUACAGUGUCGUAGAUGUUUUUGUCUACACACGGAGCGCCCCCACACCUCUCCCUCUGCUGUUGUGCUAAUAGAAUCAUCCUCAGAAACUCUUCACCUGUUACAGACAUCAGCUCAGUGGAUGCUGUAUGUAUAUCGCUAACGCCUGCAUCCAGUUCGCCACCAUAUCUUGCCAUCAAUGGAAGUGACUGAAGUUUUUUUGUUUUGUUUUGUUUUUUUGACUCCGGUGGGGAAGUUGACAUAUGAAGAAAUGUUUUGUUUUUUUCCGAGGCUGCCAAUCAGAAUGAUUAGAAAUCCAAUUUGUGAAAAGUAACUUUUUGUUUUCCUCUAUCACUGAGUCGCACUGAUCACAUUGAUCAGUCUUGGAAACUACAGACUGAGAAAAAGAUGAAUGAGUGCGGUGUUUUCCACUGUGUUCUGUGACUACACACUAAUAAUUUCUUGGGUUUCUUUUGUUAUUGUAGUUUUUUUUGUAAUGGCUGCAGAUAGAUUGUUAAUAAUUUGUUUGUAAUACAGUGGUGACAUGCAUCAUUCACUUUCAUUCAACUCUGAAGAUAAUGUGCAUAUUAGCGGGCCAAGUCCGACUUUGAAAAACAAAAACUUGCACAAAAAUGUACAAGCGUAAAGAUAAGUGUAGUAGGUAGAACUGCUACUCCGUUUGAUGUGUGAUGUCAGUGAGAAAUGUACAUUUAGCUGGUGAUGACCUUCUUUUUCUUCAUUCUUUCUUGUACUACUUUGACCUGUAUGUCUUUUAAAAAGACAAUUGGUGGAGUACGUAUCAGUUGUUUUUGUAUUUUUAAUACAAUAAUUGUAAAUAUUGGUUAUAUUUUUGUUCAAAUGUACUAUGUUUAUGCCUCAACAUCCAGUUUAUAUGAAGCUGGGAAUCAAUAAAUACUGCAUAAAGAAUCAACACCUAGGUUUAAAUGCACUUAUUCAUUUCUUCUACAUUUUGAUGUCUUUCUUUUCCAAUUGUUUUUUUCCUUCAGAGGAGUUUUCCCCCAGAUACCGUCUAGUGUUUGCACAAGUCAUGGAAGCAACUUGAAAAGUGUAACUCUCAUACUUUUCUAUCUGACCGCAGUGUGUCAGAAUUAAUAAAAAAGAGAUAUUGAA